UGUUGGUAGCAGUUCAGUGUAAUGCUAUGUCACUGUCAAUAUAAAACAUCAAAAUAUUCCUUGAACGAAACAUAAAUUGAGUUCAUACUUAAUAUAAAAGGUUUACCUUUGAAUGGCUGCAAUUGAGAAGGUCAAGGUCGUCGUUCUGGGCGAUUCUGGAGUCGGCAAGACUUCACUCACUUACUUAGUCGCACAUAACAAGCCGUUGCUGUCGCCCGGAUGGACGGUCGGGUGUUCCGUGGAAGUGAAGCUCCACAAGUACAAGGAAGGUACUCAAGCACAAAAUACAUUUUUCGUAGAGCUCUGGGAUGUAGGCGGUUCUAACAACCAUAGGAACACUAGGAAUGUGUUCUAUCAGCCAACACACGGUAUAAUUUUGGUUCACGAUCUCACAAAUAGGAAAAGUCAGUUAAAUUUACAAAAAUGGUUGUCGGAGAUACUAAACCAAGAUGGUACCAAUCCAAAUUAUCAACACGUGGACGUGGAUCCAGAACAAUUUCUAGGGUCUACACAAAUUCCCAUUCUAGUUAUAGGGACCAAAUACGAUUUGGCUGAAGAGAAGCAACGAAAAAAUCAGUACCGAAGACUGGCUAGCAGUAUCGCGGAACAGUGCGGCGCUGACGAAAUAUUCGUUACCUGCCAUCAAGCAAGGUCACUCGCUCCGGGGACCAGCAACUCUGUGAAAUUAACAAGGUUCUUUGAUAAGGUAAUAGAGCGUCGUUACUAUGCGACUCAGUUUCCUGACAAACGUCGUUUGAUUCCACCCCACGUAUUAUCAACACCGGUUUCGACGAACAAGAACACGCAUUACCUCAGUCCGAGGUUCUAUCACAUGGAUUGAUUCAAAAUCAUUAUGAAACGUUAAAAAAAUAUUCUUGUAUAAUAAAAUUAUUUAAUCUG